GUUGGGGUUUAGUGUCAGUUGUUAGGGAUAGGUUUGUGUGACCUCGACUGUAGUUCCUUUGGUGGUCUAGCGACGGCCGGUUCGGUGCUAGUUUUAUCCUGGGUUUGUGUUUGGUGCUGUUCUUGCGUGGGAGGUGGAAAAUCUUUGUUUUUUUCCUGGUUACGAUCUCCCAAGGUUGUAAUAUUAUAAUUUUUCCUGCUCUAUCAAUAUGAGCUUCGCACUUUCUGGUGUGAGUCGUUAAAUAAAAAGGCUAGCUUUCCUCUAGCAGUUUUUUUUUUAAGUUCCAAACACGUAGCCUAGCCAGGCAAGAGCUGAGGAUCCAAACAUGCUUUGCUCUCACCUUGUCACUCCCUCCGAUGUACUCCUACUAGAAUAGGUAGCCACUCGCGUGUUAGCUCGACGCACAAUGUUGAGCUGUAGUGGCAACAUGCUGCGCGCCGUCCAUGUCCUCGCCAUCGCCGCCGCCGUGCUGACCCUCGCGCCCCUCGCCGCCUCGUACCCAUGGCAGGCCUGCAACGGGAGCAGCAACUACACGGCGAACAGCGCGUUCCAGCGAAACCUCGGCGUCCUGGCCGCCGCCCUGCCCGGCAACGCCUCCACCUCGCCGGACCUCCUCGCCAACGCCACCGUCGGCGGCGCGCCCGACACGGUCUACGCCCUCGCGUUCUGCCCGCCGAUCGACAACCAGAACGCCUCCGGCUGCCGCGCCUGCGUCGCCAGCGCCUUCGCGGACGCGCGGAGCCUGUGCCCGAACAACAGGGGCGCACACAUCAUCUACGACGGCUGCGUCCUCACCUUCUCCGGCCGGGACUUCCUCGGCGCCGCCACCAACCCGGCGGACAUGGAGAGGAAGCUCCGGAACACCGAGAACGUCACCGUCUCCGACGUCGGCGAGUUCAACGGGGCCAUCUACGAGGUCCUCAACGCCACGGCGGACUACACCGCCGCCGCGGCGAGGAGGUUCGGCACCGGCGAGAUCAGCUUCGACCCGACCUACCCGGUCAUCUACAGCAUGGCGUGGUGCACGCCGGACAUGGCGCCGGGGCGCUGCCGGGCGUGCCUGGCGGACACCAUCGCCCAGAUGCACGCCUACUUCAACCCGAACGCGCAGGGCGCCAGGCUCGUCGGCGUGCGGUGCGCCGCGCGGUACGAGAUUUACCCGUUCUACACCGGCCGCGGCAUGGUGCAGGUGCCGGUGAGCCGGCCGCCGGCGGUGCCGGGAACUCCCGGGAAAAAGAGUAAAACUGGUAAGAUUCUUGCAAUUGUACUACCGAUAGUGGCAGCUCUACUUGCUAGCGCUAUGAUCUGCUUUUGUUGCUGGAGGAGGAGAACAAAAGCUACUAAGCUGUCACUAUCAUAUUCUUCUCGUUCUGAGGACAUUCAAAACAUCGAAUCUCUUAUUAUGGAUCUACCGACACUACGGAUUGCCACAGAUAACUUUGCUGAAAACAACAAACUAGGUGAAGGAGGAUUUGGUGAAGUUUACAAGGGAUCCUUUCCCGGUGGCCAAACCAUAGCUGUGAAAAGGCUCUCUCAGAGUUCUGGACAAGGCAUAGGAGAGCUUAAAAAUGAACUGGUUUUAAUUGCCAAGCUCCAGCACAAGAAUCUCGUGAGGCUCGUUGGAGUUUGUUUGGAACAAGAAGAGAAGCUACUUGUCUAUGAAUACAUGCCUAACAAAAGUCUAGACACAUUUCUUUUUGACCCUGAGAAACGCAAACAAAUCGAUUGGGCAAAGAGGUUCAUGAUAAUAAAAGGAAUCACUGGAGGAUUGCAAUAUCUGCAUGAAGAUUCUCAAUUGAAGAUAAUUCACCGUGAUCUAAAAGCAAGCAACGUUCUACUGGACGCAAAUAUGAACCCUAAGAUUUCAGACUUUGGCUUGGCAAGGCUUUUUGGAGAUGAUCAGUCACAAGAAACAACUAACCGCGUUGUUGGAACUUAUGGAUACAUGGCACCAGAAUACGCUUUACGUGGGCAAUAUUCAAUAAAGUCUGACGUAUACAGCUUCGGUGUGUUGCUUUUGGAGAUCAUCACAGGAAGAAAAAACAGUGACUCCUACAACUCUGAACAAGCUGUUGAUCUUCUGAGCCUCGUAUGGGAACAUUGGGCAAUGAAAACUAUCACGGAGAUGGUUGACCCAUAUUUGAGGAGUGAUUCUUCCUCUCUAGAUGAGAUUUUGAGGUGCAUUCAUGUUGGACUUGUAUGUGUCCAAGAGGACCCUAUGGAUAGGCCAACUCUGUCAAUGAUCAAUAUCAUGCUUGACGGCAAUACAGUUUCAGCUAAAGCUCCAUCGAGACCUGCAUUUUUCACAGAAAUGUUGGGCAAUAUUAAUAUUGGUUCAAGCAUGUAUUCCCAACCAUACCCUGUAACCGACUCCACGGCCAAGCACUCGACGGCCAUGUCACUAAAUGAUGUGACAGUAACAGAGCCUGAACCAAGAUAAGUCAUAUGCAUUCCUUGUUUGUAUGAAUAUGUUGAUGCACGAGGAAAUAACUAUGUGAUCUGUAAUUCGAGUUAGAUGACUCCAUGGUUGUGUAUUUAUUGUAUUUUCAGGACAUAUGUAGUACUUAAUUGUAAGACAAACUACUUGUCUUGAGAGAUAAUAUCUGUAUUAUAUUAUGAAGACGUAUAAAAGAAACUCACAGAGGACCGACUUGUCUGA